GUGUCAGACAAAAUUCUGUGAAACCACAAGGAAAAAGAACCCAUCCUCCCUGAAUCCAAACGGUAUAAGCCAGAGAAAAGUGCAAAGAAGACACUGAUGAGAAGAUGGAAGGAAUUUCGAACUCAAAUACGCCUAGGAUGGAUUGGACAAGCAAAGACUUGCCAAUGGUAUGGACGUCGUUUAAACGUCACUCACAGUUUAUGUUUGGUGGUCCUUUGCAGUCGAAGUCCGAGGAACAGAAAUGCAACUACCUAAUGAUCUGGGUAGGUGAGAAGGGCCGUGAUAUAUUUCAGACGUGGACUCUGGAAGAAGGAGACGAAAAAAAGCUAAACACUUACUACGAUAAGUACGAGGCGUAUGUGAAGCCCAAGUCCAACAGAAUCUUCUCCAGAUAUAAAUUCCACACAAAGACGCAAGACGCAAAUGAGCCGUUUGAACAAUUCUUGAUAGAUCUCAAGCUUCAAGUCAAAGAUUGCGGCUACACUGAACAAGAUGAGCAUGUGAGAGACAGAAUUGUGAUCGGAUGCACGUCUUCGAAGCUGAGAGAAAACCUCAUCCAAGAGGGAUUGGACUUGACACUAGAAAAAGCAAUUGACAUUGCCAUCACAAUGGAGCAAUCUCAGAUAUAGCUCAAAACAAUGAAAGAGGAAGACCCUAGUGUGUUCAAGAUACAGUCAAGAUCAAAGGAACAAUCGAAAAAAUACAAGGGGCAAAACAAGACACUAGCACCAAUAUGUGAAAAGUGUGAUACAAACAUGGCAAAGAUAAAUGCCCCGCUACAGGAAAACAAUGUAUUAAAUGUUCCAAAAUGAAUCCCUUUGCAAAAAUGUGCAAGUCCAAAGUCACUUCAGUGAAGUGUGUUGACGAUGACACAACAGACGAGAGUACAGAAGAAGAGGAUGAUGAUGAAUUGUUGUAUAUGGGCUGCAUUGACAUUAACUCUGUUAACUCCAUAAACAGUGACUGGAAA